UUGAAAGGCUCUUAGUAGCAAGCACUGGUUGCUAGGUGUGGCUUCCUGAUGGGUCUAUAAAAGUAGGAACCACAACUUACAUUUUCCACCGACUCACUUCCCAGCUUGGAAAAUAUUGCUUCUGAAUUUUGGAAAGGGGAAAGAAAGUUGAAUCAAGAUGGCCUUGGUAUCAGAAUUCCUGAAGCAAGCCAGAUUUAUGGAUGAUGAGGAACCACAAUACAUUAAAAAAUCUAAAACUGGUUCAGCAGUCCAUGCUUAUCCCAGCUUUGAUCCUUCAGCUGAUGCGGUUGCACUAAACAAAGCCAUAACUGCUAAAGGAGUUGAUGAAGCAAGCAUCAUCAAUAUUUUGACCAAAAGAACCAAUGCACAACGACAGCAGAUCAAGAGAGCCUAUCAGCAGAUGCAUGGCAAGCCUCUGGAAGAAGCUUUGAAAAAAGCUCUCAAAAGCAAUCUAGAAGAUGUCGUCCUGGCUAUGCUGAAGACUCCUGCCGAAUUUGAUGCUGAUGAACUUAGAUACUCUAUGAAGGGACUUGGAACAGACGAAGAUAUCUUAAUUGAGAUUCUGGCAUCAAGGAACAAUAUGGAAAUCAAAGCCAUCAACAGACAAUAUCAAGAAGCUUUUAAGAGAGAUCUCGCCAAAGAUAUUGCCUCAGACACUUCUGGGGAUUUUCAAAAGGCUUUACUUGCCUUAGCCAAGGGUGACCGGAACGAAAAUCCACAUGUGAAUGAAGAGUUGGUAGACAAUGAUGCAAGGAAAUUAUAUGAGGCUGGAGAGAAAAGAAAAGGAACAGAUGUGAACAUUUUCAUUGAAAUUCUCACUACCAGAAGUUUCAUGCACCUUCGAGGAGUUUUUAGGAGAUACCGGCUUUACAGCAAACAUGACAUGAAGGACGUUCUGGAUCUCGAACUGAAAGGAGACAUUGAGAAUUGUUUGACAGCAAUUGUGAAAUGUGCUGUAAGCAAGCCAGCUUUCUUUGCUGAGAAGCUCCAUCUAGCAAUGAAGGGUCCUGGCACAAGCAACAGAACUCUGAACAGAAUUAUGGUGUCCCGGGCUGAAAUUGAUAUGAAUGAGAUCAAAGGUUUUUAUAAGGAAAAAUAUAAGGUGUCUCUCUGCCAGGCAAUUUUGGAUGAAACAAAGGGAGAUUACGAAAAGAUUUUGGUGGCUUUGUGUUGCGGUGAUGACUAAGUUCUGUAUCUUGUACAUUCCAGUUACUUCCUUGAGAAUAGUUGAGAAUAUGAUCUUCCUUAACUAAAUGAAUCUUUGAACCAAGCUUUCUUUGAAUAAGAAGAAAGUCCUUUUUUAUAUAUAUCCAAAGCCAAGGAAGAACCAUUGUGUUUGCGUUUGCAGGAUUAAGAUAUAUAAAACAUAGUGUUUGUAUAUAUAAGUCUAGUUAACAUUCCAAAUAAAAUCAAAUCUCUUA